GAAGGGGAGCGCGUGCGCGCGCGCGCGCGCGCGCGGGUCCAGCCUAGACGCUUGUUGUCUUUAGGACUACAUUACCUCUAAUCGAGAGGCGGGUGGGGUUGAGGAAGGGAUGUGGAAGAGUAAGGGGAACAUGUGUGGUAUGUGUACGCGAAUGUGAGAGGUAGUGCACGGGGGAAUGCCUCGUGUUUUGUUUUGUUUUUAAACGUACCGGGGGUGGUGUACACUAUAUUUGUGUGUUCAAUUGUAUGACUCCAGGUGCACGGGCAUAACUGGGAUGGAAAGUGUGUGUACAAGUGUGUGGAGGGGGUCAUGCGUGCUAUGAGAAGUAUGCGUGCCAUGCUGUAAGGUAGGCGCAAACCCGUUUGCCGUUUGUGUAGGAGUUUCUGUGUGAGUGGUAAUGGACAAGAGCCAAAGGGAGUGCGCACUUGGAUACACUUGGGGGCCGGUCUGUGAGGGGAACCUCCGCAAGUGAGCGCACCUAACUGCUUCGUGAGUGCUCUUCGCCACUGUAGGAGUGGAGCCCAGCCCUGGGCUGUGGGCUUGGUUGGGUUAUUUCCACCUCUGCAAAGCGGGAGCGCUCGGCUCUCAGCGCCCCAGGCGCUCCCUACCAGGCACUAAGGCGUCCUUGCUCUUAACUUCAAGUAGUAGUGGGUAUUUAUGGUUCUCGCUGCACCUCUCGCUCUUUCUCAAGAUGUCAAUGGAGGCGCACUUUAGUCUCCCCUGCGUCACCGGUGGUAGUGAAGGUUAGGGUCCUCUCACCCUCUCUCACCCUGUUUUAGGAAUAAUCCCAAAAUCUACAUGGAAGUUUCGCACACAGUGUCUCAUUAGCAAUCCAGUCACCCCAAUUCAGAUAGCUGACAGCACCUGAGGUCUCAGUGCACUCCUGCAGGGGACCAGUAGGAAGCGGGGUACGCCUUCUGGAAGUAAUUUUGCUCCUACCAAUGUGAUCCCUUCCUAGGCACAUCAGUCUCUCCGCUCCAAACUUAUGGGAUGCGGAGAGGGGGGCGUUAAAGAGCAGCGAAGGGAGGCGAGAAGAGGGACGAGAGUGAACGAGCAGCAGAGGAGGGUGAGGGUGGCGCGGUGCCUAACAGGGUUCGGAAAAGAGCUGAGACCUGGGAACGGAGAAGAAAGGGAGGAAAAGAAGGGAAAGGAGAGAGGCGGAAAGGAAAGGAAAAGAGAAAAGGAGAGCGCAGCGAGCGCGCAGAUGGAGAGCGAACCAAGGCAAGCAGAGCUGCGCGCCGGAGGCGCGGCACUCCGCUCCCGCCGUGACUCCGUGCCGGCUUUUGCGGGAGGCCGGCGGCGCGGGGCCCUUUGGAAAUAGAAUAGCCAAUGUAAUCUGACACUUCAACUUGCUCGGCUCCGGGCGAGUUGAUUCACUUACUCACCCCCUAACGCCGAGUUCCUUUUCACUGUCUGUGGACAUUAAAAAAGCGAGCGGCGGCGGCGGCGGGCGCCCGGGAGAGCAAGCUGCCGGCCGGGCGAGCAGCGAUCCGGCUGCAGAGCAAGCGAGCAGCGCCCGCGCAGCGCGCUGACCCUAGCCCCGGCCGGUGAGGAGCCGGAGCCGGAGUCGGAGCCGAGUGGAUUUCCGCGCUCUCGCUGCGCUCCUCCCGGCUCCAGCCUGCCCUACACGGCGGUGGCGGCGGCGCGUCCUCCAGCGGUGGCAGUGGUGCUCGCAGCGCCCGGACUCAGACAGCAUAGAAUCUACUCAGCAUCUCCUUCGCCACAGCCUCCCUUCCCCAACAUCACAUUAGCCUUGAGUUGUGAUCGACUGGCAGGAGCCCUAGCAGGAGGAUGGACCUUGAGUGAAGUGGAAGAGCUGUGAGUGGCUGGCCAGCGCAGGAACACUAGUGUCUCUCGGCUCACUGAGGCUGGACCACGUUCAUGGCUCUCGGGUAGGACCCAGCGAAACGGCCAGAAUGAAUUCUAUGGACAGGCACAUCCAGCAGACCAAUGACCGUCUGCAGUGCAUCAAGCAGCACUUACAGAACCCCGCCAACUUCCACAAUGCUGCUACAGAGCUGCUGGAUUGGUGUGGAGACCCUCGAGCCUUCCAGAGGCCCUUUGAGCAGAGCCUCAUGGGCUGCCUGACGGUUGUCAGCCGUGUGGCUGCCCAACAAGGGUUUGACCUGGACCUGGGCUACAGACUCUUGGCUGUGUGCGCCGCAAAUCGAGACAAGUUCACCCCCAAGUCUGCUGCCCUGCUGUCCUCCUGGUGUGAAGAACUUGGCCGCCUGCUGCUGCUGCGACAUCAGAAGAGCCGCCAGAACGACCCCCCUGGGAAACUGCCCAUGCAGCCCCCCCUCAGCUCCAUGAGCUCCAUGAAACCCACUCUGUCGCACAGUGAUGGGUCAUUUCCUUAUGACUCUGUCCCUUGGCAGCAGAACACCAAUCAGCCUCCCGGCUCCCUCUCCGUGGUCACCACGGUGUGGGGAGUGACCAACACAUCCCAGAGUCAGGUCCUCGGGAACCCUAUGGCCAAUGCCAACAACCCUAUGAAUCCAGGUGGCAACCCCAUGGCAUCAGGCAUGAGCACCAGCAACCCCGGCAUCAACUCCCCACAGUUCGCAGGGCAACAGCAACAGUUCUCCACCAAAGCUGGCCCUGCACAGCCCUAUAUCCAGCCCAACAUGUACGGCCGACCUGGCUACCCUGGUAGCGGGGGCUUUGGGGCCAGUUACCCUGGGGGUCCUAGUGCCCCAGCAGGCAUGGGCAUCCCUCCACAUACUCGGCCUCCUGCUGACUUCACCCAGCCAGCGGCCGCUGCUGCAGCAGCUGCAGUAGCAGCCGCCGCUGCCACAGCCACAGCCACAGCCACAGCUACAGUGGCAGCCUUGCAAGAGACACAGAACAAGGAUAUAAACCAGUAUGGACCGGUGUGUUCCUCUUUCCAGAUGGGUCCCACCCAGGCGUAUAACAGCCAAUUCAUGAACCAACCCGGGCCUCGGGGGCCUGCCUCCAUGGGGGGCAGCCUGAACCCUGCCGGCAUGGCAGCUGGCAUGACACCCUCGGGCAUGAGCGGCCCUCCCAUGGGCAUGAACCAGCCCCGACCACCCGGCAUCAGCCCCUUUGGCACACACGGGCAAAGGAUGCCCCAGCAGACCUACCCAGGCCCCCGGCCCCAGUCCCUUCCUAUUCAGAGCAUAAAGAGGCCAUACCCGGGAGAGCCCAACUAUGGAAACCAGCAAUAUGGACCAAACAGCCAGUUCCCCACCCAGCCAGGCCAGUACCCUACCCCUAACCCCCCAAGGCCACUCACAUCUCCCAACUACCCUGGACAAAGGAUGCCGAGCCAACCCAGCACCGGACAGUACCCACCCCCCACAGUCAACAUGGGGCAGUAUUACAAGCCAGAACAGUUUAAUGGACAGAACAACACCUUCUCCUCCGGAAGCAGCUACAGCAGCUACAGCCAAGGGAGCGUCAACAGGCCUCCCAGGCCGGUUCCUGUGGCGAAUUACCCCCACUCACCUGUUCCAGGGAACCCCACUCCCCCCAUGACGCCCGGGAGCAGCAUACCUCCCUAUCUGUCCCCCAGCCAAGAUGUCAAACCACCUUUCCCACCUGAUAUCAAGCCAAAUAUGAGUGCUCUGCCACCACCCCCAGCCAACCACAAUGACGAGCUACGGCUCACAUUCCCCGUGCGGGAUGGCGUGGUUCUGGAGCCCUUCCGCCUGGAGCACAACCUUGCCGUCAGCAACCACGUGUUCCACCUGCGGCCCACGGUUCAUCAGACGCUGAUGUGGAGGUCAGACCUGGAGCUGCAGUUCAAGUGCUACCACCAUGAAGAUCGACAGAUGAACACCAACUGGCCAGCCUCGGUUCAGGUCAGCGUCAACGCCACACCCCUCACGAUCGAGCGGGGAGACAACAAGACCUCCCACAAGCCCCUGCACCUCAAGCAUGUAUGCCAGCCUGGCCGGAACACCAUCCAGAUCACUGUCACCGCCUGCUGCUGUUCCCACCUCUUUGUGCUGCAGCUGGUACACCGGCCCUCUGUGCGCUCCGUGCUGCAGGGCCUCCUCAAGAAGCGCCUACUGCCCGCUGAGCACUGCAUCACGAAAAUCAAGCGGAAUUUCAGCAGUGUGGCUGCCUCCUCGGGCAACACAACUCUCAAUGGGGAGGAUGGCGUGGAGCAGACCGCCAUCAAGGUGUCUCUGAAGUGCCCCAUCACAUUCCGGCGCAUACAGCUGCCUGCUCGAGGCCACGAUUGCAAGCAUGUGCAGUGCUUUGACCUGGAGUCAUACCUCCAACUGAAUUGUGAGCGAGGGACCUGGAGGUGUCCCGUGUGCAAUAAAACUGCUCUGCUCGAGGGUCUGGAAGUGGAUCAGUACAUGUGGGGGAUCCUGAACGCCAUCCAACACUCCGAGUUUGAAGAGGUCACCAUUGACCCCACGUGCAGCUGGCGGCCAGUACCCAUCAAGUCAGACCUCCACAUCAAGGAUGACCCCGAUGGCAUCCCCUCAAAGCGGUUCAAAACCAUGAGCCCCAGCCAGAUGAUCAUGCCCAAUGUCAUGGAGAUGAUCGCCGCUCUGGGCCCUGGCCCGUCUCCCUACCCCCUCCCACCUCCUCCUGGGGGCACCAGCUCCAACGACUACAGCAGCCAAGGAAACAACUACCAGGGUCAUGGCAACUUUGACUUCCCCCAUGGGAAUCCCGGAGGGACAUCCAUGAACGACUUCAUGCACGGUCCCCCCCAGCUCUCGCACCCACCGGACAUGCCCAACAACAUGGCCGCCCUCGAGAAACCCCUCAGUCACCCCAUGCAGGAAACUCUACUGCCGGAACUCACAAACCCGGAUGAGCUUCUUUCCUACCUGGACCCCCCCGACCUUCCAAGCAAUAGCAACGAUGACCUCCUGUCUCUCUUUGAGAACAACUGAAGGCCACUCUCCACUGGGGCCAUCCCUCCCCACUCUGCCUCCUACCCCAUCUGUCCCACAUCCUAUUCCUCCCAGGAGCCCAUGCUCAGGCCUCCCACACCAGGACCUCAGGCUGAGAGCUGAGCAGAGCACACUAGGCAGGGAAAGCCAUGUGGGUCUCCAGUCCUGUUUGCCUGAAUGCUCUGGGAUCUAUGCCUAGAGCAAGCCUGAAGACGGCCCCUGGAAGACAAACCCAAGCUGAGGGAAUCCAGGCCCAGCAAGAGACAUGCCAAUGGCGACUGUAGGUCCCUCCAUGUGUGCUGACUCCAGACAACCGACCUUCCAGUGUCCCAAAGUUCUUCCAUGUUUUUAAACCUUAUCCCCGCCUCUUGGCCCAGAGCCUCCUUCAGAUGACUGGAACCCGAAAGAAGCCUGUGCUCCGGCCCCCAGGCCAGGGUAGUGGACAAGCCUUGGAGGAGUGGUGACAGUUUGCAGCAGUGAGGAAGGACACGCACACACACACACACACACCACAGAAAAGCACAACCCUCUGGGGAGGAGACCAUCCCUCAAGGCCGGGGGUCGUGGCUUUGGCCUCUGACUUCUAAGCCAAGAUGCCCUGUAAACACUCUCUCAGCAGAACAAGGACAAAGUGCCGUGUCUGAGAGAGAGUGCCACACCUUGUAGGGACUGGCAGGAAACAGGUCAGGGCCUUCCCCAGAGCCAAGACAAUGCAGAGGAGGGCUCCUUAACUCAGACCAGGGCCAUGCCUUGCGGGGAGCAGAGAGUGUGUGCACCACACCAAAGGGAGCCCUCCGUUAGUUAGAGGCCAGAGGACGAUGCCAGCCAGAGCCCCACAGAAGCAGCCAGGGCCUUGCAGCUUUGCCCCAAGCCAAUCCCUGCUUUUAAAUGACCCGCAGCGGGGAGCUCUGAAGAAGGAGCUCUGAAGGAAAGGAACAUUGUAUCUGGACAGCAAGCAAGCCAUUUCCCCCCAUGUUCUCUUUCCUUCCUCCUACCCAUACUUCCUUCUCUGAGACUAUUCCAUGGGACCCACUUCCCUCUGGGUUCUCCUUUCCCCAGACAGCUGUAGGGGCACAUGGUAGGGAAGCAGCAUAGGCCCCCAGGGAAACGACUCCACAGCAGGGCCUUCAUGGAUCUCCAAGUCUCUCAGUCUGGUCCAGCAGGUUCUCUGCUCAAAGCUGCCUGUCUCCAGCCCAGACCUUUGCUGGGUGCACCAGAGCAUCUCAGCAGGCAGGCAUUUUGUGGCAUUUAUGGCCUGUCACUCCCUGUAUUUCUCCCUCCAUCCAGAGCUCGCUCCACACUCCUGCUCACCCAGCAAGUGCAGCCUCUGGCCCUCCUCUGCUUUUUCACUCCAUCCAGCUUAGAGUCCCCUGCUGGCUUGUCACUCGCCUGCUUUGUGCCAGGCUGGUCUGUGUCCCCCUGAGCCUCAUGGCCUACGGUGAUGCCUGUGGUGAUGCCAGGUUGUCCGCUCACAUGAGUCCCAUCUGUAAAUUCUUUGCUCCCUUCUCCGAUGCUGCCACCCAAGGCCUUCUCCUGCCUCCUGUCCACUGCCAGCGUCCUCAUUUGUCAUCGGUCAUUAGCCUCCCUCUGUGCUCCCUGGCACUCUUAAUAUAGAUUGAACCAGAAAGGUGACCCCUAGCUGUUGACUUAUUGUCACCCUAAAAAAAAAAAAGGCACAAGGAAAGCUGCCACCUCCCCACCCCUCCUCUUCCUUUGUCCUGUUGUUAAGGUUUUUUCAAGCAGUGUGUUCAGUAUGCAAAUCAAUUAUUUUAAGAAUCGCUUUUGUAAAUAUCUUUGUGAAUAUUUUAGUAUUGUCUUUGAUAAUAUUCAACAUUUUCAUGACCUGGUUAUAGCCUUUGCUGGUGUUUUUAAAAUAUCUUGACUCAGUGACAAAACCCGAGUCCUUUUUUAAAAAAACAAAAACAAACAACAAAAACAAACAAAAACCAACCAGGGCUAUUUGUACAGAUGAGAGAGGAGCAGAAGAGGCGGCUGUGCUCGAGUUGAGAGACCAGGCAACCCACUGUUGAGAACCACUCUCAGUCAGCUGGUAGGGACAUUACACCAGGUACCCCGUGGCUAUCCCUACCCAGUGUCGGUGGCCCGGCACAGGGCCGUGCUCUGUCGGACUGUACGGAUUGUUCAGCUUCAGACUGACAAAUGCCUUUCUCACAAGUUCCUGCUUCUUGCCGUGAUACUGUGCCCCAGAACAGCCUGGGGUCCCUGCUAGUUCCUGUCAAGGCAUGCCCAGGUUCUCCACAGCUUUCCAGUGCAAAAGGCCUAGACACUCCCAGUAGCCCAGCCUCUCUGGUCAUCUCUCCGUUCACACCCGAGGCUACACCUGAGGCUGAUUUCCUAAGGCUCCCUCCCAGGCAAGUGCCCACCAGCAAGUUCACCACAGAGCCUGAAGCCCACACUCCGGAAAUGUCUCCUUCCAGAGAAAUGUUGGAGCCGAUCCAGGGUUUGAGAGAGCUACAAAGACAUCGGGGGCUGGAGCCAUGCCUUGGUAGUGACAGACGCAGGUAAAGGUGACAUCCAUAAACAGAGGCAGGCCUAGGCUCUGGAAAGAUCCUCAGUCCUUUCUUACAACAACUUGGAGCCAUAGUAACCUCCGAAAUGAGGUCUCAGCAAGCCACUUUACCACAACGAGCAACCCACCCAUAGGCACGUACCAGCCGCCACUCAGCUAAGCGGCUGGGCUGGGAGAGAGCAUGCGCAGAUGGGAAAGGCCCCGCCCCCCGCACAGGCGAUCACCCUCAUCUUCUUGGUUUGAAGCUUUAUUCAUGUCUCACGUAUCCUGUAGCCAUUUUAUUUUUUAAAAGAUUCCUAACACUUUCUCCCUAACGGAAGCCCUAAAUCCCAGAGAGCUACAGGUCUGCUCCCCAUGGGCCCUCGGGCCUGACCAAUCCAGACGAGGCAGAGAGCAGCAGCGACUCAAGGGCCGUGUGUACAUAUGUAAAUGAGAAAUAGACAUGUCAACAAGAUACAUUCAUUUCUCCCGGAAUGUGUAUUGUUUUUAUUUUACAAAACAGAGAAACAACAAAAGGCUUGGAACUCCUUCAUUCUACGUGGAAUACUAGAUCCCGUUUGUUAGCCUUCGUGACUCCGUCCUUGUCUCCUGUAAUAUACUGACCCUGUGUGCAGAGGCGUUUUUGUUCCCUUUUGUUUUUAUUUUUACCUACAUGUACUAUUUACCUUCUGUGUCCUGGCCCUGCCACCUGUGUAUUUUUAGGGUGCUAUGGAAACAAUGAAGAGAAACGGGGAUUUCAGAAGAAAAUUGUAACCAAAUUCAUAUACUUUGUAUAAGUUUUUGAUAUCAUGAUCACAGGUGAUUCACACGUACACACAUCCACACCCACACGUGCAGCCUGAAGUGACGUCCACAGAACCCGCCCUUGUCUUUGUACAUCGUAUGUACACUGCAAUCAUUUCAUACUUUUGACUGGUCAGAAAAAAAAAACUAAUUGUGAUUUCUAGUCUUGCAAAGCUGUAUGCAGUUAGAUGAUGUGACCUCUAAUAUUUAUCUAAUAAAUAUGUAUUCAGAUGAAACCUGUAUAUUAGGUGUUCAUGUGGUUAUUUUGUAUUUAAAGAUCAAAUUAUUUGAUUAUUGCUAGACAUUUCUAUACUCUGUUGUAACACUGAGGUAUCUCAUUUGCUCAUGUUAAUUUUUUUCUAAAUAAAUGGACAAAAAAUGAA